AUGUUUUCGGGGGAGGAAAGGGAGGAGGAACAGAGCCCUGAGUCUGUCUGUACGCAGUCUCCCUACGUGCCCACCACUCCGACUGCCAAGAUGCCCAACACAAUAAUGUCCAAGGAGCCCAGUUCCAACCUGGAGAGUGCCAUGCAGAUGCUCAUCAAGACCUUCCACAAGUAUUCUGGCAAAGAGGGUGACAAGUACACCCUGAGCCGGGGGGAGCUGAAGGAGCUGCUAAUAGAGGAGCUGGGGACCUACUUGGGGAACUCCAAAGAUAACGAAGCCGUGGAGAAGGUCAUGAACGACCUGGACUCCAACAACGACGGAGAGGUGGACUUCACCGAGUUCAUCAUCCUCAUGGGGGCGCUCACGGUCGCCUGCAACGACUUCUUCCUCGAGUACAAGACAGACGAAAAGCCAGAGGAGAAGAAGGAAUGA